AUGGCUCUCCGCCGGCCAUUAACGCUUUCUAGGCACAUACUGAAUGGAGCUUGUCCGGGCGUGCGAUCAACUGUGUCUCGCACCGCUCUAACUUAUGGGCAGGAGCAGAGGAAGGGCCUUGCGACAGCAGUUCCCCCGGUCACUCAAGAUGCAACUGGGUCCAAGGGCCCCACGGCAAUGGUUUUCCUCAACAUGGGUGGGCCAUCAAAGACUGACGAAGUAGAAGAUUUCCUGAGCAGAUUAUUUGCCGAUGGCGAUCUGAUUCCUCUCGGACGACUUCAAUCGUACCUCGGUCCUCUCAUCGCUAAGCGGAGAACCCCGAAGAUCCAACGGCAAUACUCUGAUAUUGGUGGAGGCUCGCCGAUCAGGAAAUGGUCCGAGUAUCAGUGCGAGGAGAUGUGCAAAUUGCUGGACAAAAUCAAUCCCGAAACGGCUCCUCACAAGCCUUACGUCGCAUUCCGGUACGCCGACCCUCUGACGGAGGAAAUGUACACAAAGUUAUUAGAAGAUGGGUUCGGUAAUGGAAGAGGAGGGCGCGCUGUUGCGUUCACACAGUAUCCCCAGUAUUCGUGCUCCACGACGGGUAGCUCGCUGAACGAGUUGUGGAAAUGGAGAACGAGGCUGGAGGGCAAGCGUGCAGAUGGCGACGUAGACUCCUCCGGUGCCAUUCAGUGGAGUGUCAUUGAUCGGUGGCCAACGCACCCUGGGCUCGUGGAGGCUUUCGCCCGGAACAUCGAGGACCAGCUGAAGACCUACCCGGAGGAGAAGCGAAACGGUGUCGUUCUCUUGUUCUCAGCCCACAGUCUGCCUAUGAGUGUUGUCAACCGAGGUGACCCAUACCCUGCUGAAGUCGCUGCAACCGUCCAUGCUGUCAUGCAGAGAUUGAAUUUCAGCAACCCCUACCGACUGUGCUGGCAGUCCCAGGUGGGACCAUCUGCUUGGCUUGGAGCACAGACUAGCGAUACGGUCGAAAACUAUGUCAAGCGUGGACAUACCGAUAUCAUUCUAGUCCCCAUUGCCUUCACCAGCGAUCAUAUUGAAACUCUAUACGAGUUGGAUCUGGAAGUGAUCAAGGAAGCAAACUCCCCGGGUGUCAAGAGAGCCGAGAGUUUGAAUGGCAAUCCCAUCUUCAUCCAGGCCCUAGCAGACAUUGCCCAAGAGCACCUCCGUACGGGAGAGAAGUGCUCAUUACAGAUGACUCUGCGCUGUCAAGGCUGUAAGAGCGAACGAUGCCUGGAGCAGAAGAAAUUCUUUGCUGCAAUGGAGAGCGAGGAAGCGUUUGAGGCUGAUACACAGCUGCAGGCCAGAGCUGUCUCGUCAAAUACUGGUGUUCGAACCAGUUCAAGUGAUAGUAUCAAGGACACAGUCCGAUUGCAUGUCCACGAAAGUACACCCUUACUAUUAGGCCACGGGAAUGCAGAAGGCUCGGAGCAGAACACAGCUGGCCAGAGGGCCGGUUGCUGGGAAUUCUUCAGACGGCCUCAUGUCUUUUGGUUGUUUCCGUUUCUGCUUCUCUACAUGUUAGGGUUUGCCGGCGUUGCCGUCCCCAAGAUCAAUCUGGUCCUUUCUCUUGUUUGCAGGGACUAUCUUGCCAAGAAGGCUUCGCAGGAUCCUAACUUUACGUAUCUGCCUGUUAUCAUUGGAGAAGACAACCCUCAGUGCCAGGUGCCCGAGGUGCAAUCUCUCGUGGCUCGAUUCCAGCUCUACCUCAAUCUGAUAGCAGGAAUCCUAUCCGCAUUGGUCAGUCCGCGACUCGGUCAUAUGUCAGACCGUUAUGGCAGGACAAAGUUGAUCGCACUGAGCUCGCUUGGGGCUGUGCUUGGUGAAACACUCACAGUCCUCGUAGCAGCCAGACCAGAGCAAUAUUCCAUCAACCUCCUCCUAGUAGGCGCUCUACUGGACGGCAUUGGGGGCUCUUUUACCACGGUAUUGGCCCUUGCUACCUCUUAUGCUUCCGAUUGUACUGCCGCAGAAAAACGUAGCGUGGCGUUUGGGUAUCUCCAUGGUGCUCUCUUCAUCGGAUUGGCGUCUGGACCACUCAUUGCAGCGAUCGUUAUGAAGAGGACCGGAGAGAUGAUACACAUUUUCGCUGCGGGCCUGGCAUUCCAUGCGCUCUUCUUCAUCAUGGUUCUGCUUGUCAUUCCAGAAUCGCUGUCAAAGGAGCAACAGAACGCUGCGAGAGAGAAACACCGGAUGAGGUUGACUCAAAAGGGAACUGCUGGCUGGUUUUCUUCUACUUGGUUUCAACAUCUAAACCCAAAGAACCUCAUCACACCACUCUCGAUUUUGUGUCCACCGGUUGGACGCCCCAGCUCUCUUUUUCCUAACCGCAAGGGCGCAAGCCCUGCCCUGCGAAGAAACAUUCUACUUCUUGCUGCCAUUGAUACAGUCGUAUUUGCUGUUGCCUUUGGCACCGCCCAGAUUGUGAUCAUCUAUGCUGAAUUCAUGUUUGGAUGGGGAAACGUCGAAUCCAGCAUCUUCAUCUCGGCCGUCAGCACUGUCCGCGUCAUCGUUCUUUUCUUGGUGCAUCCUAUUGUCACACGCAUCUUCCACAAGCGCACCGCCGGACAGCGCGCUAUUCCCGGCUCCAAUAAGGUGGAGCUUGUUGUUAUACAGAUAUCCAUCCUUUUCGAUCUUCUUGGCUAUGUGGGAUAUGCACUAGUACGAAGCAGCGCGCUUAUGACUCUUUCGGGCAUCGUUGCCGCUCUAGGAAGCCUAGGUACUCCUACGCUGCAAUCAUCGCUGACCAAACACGUGCCUCGUGAUCGAGUCGGGCAAAUACUCGGUGCUAAAGGUCUCUUACAUGCUCUGGCUCGAGUGAUCGCGCCUACUUUAUGCAAUCUCGUCUAUAGCCUGACAGUGGGCAAAUAUACCCAAACAGUCUUCGUUUCUCUCGCAGCUGUGUUUGUAUUGGCGCUCUGCAGUAGCUUCUAUAUAACGCCAAAUGUAUCCAUUGACGAGUCUCGGCCAAGCAGUCCUCGACUUGAGGCGAAUGAAGACGGGGAUGGAGACGAGGACACUCUCUUACAGUCUUAG